AUGACAGUGGCACCGCAUGUUUUCCAUGAAACAAAAUGCACCUGCAGCGACGUAAACUGGUGUUCGUAUUCGAAAUGGAGCGCCUUUUUCCCAGAUUUUUUGCCCAAGGCAAAAGUUCUCAAACCUGUUCCGCAGGCAUUUCUAGAUUACUUGAACAGCGAGAGUAUCAGAAUCCCAGCGCCAAAGUACGAUGAUAAAGUGGUUUCCACCAGUGAAAAUGAGUACAGCGACUGGGAAAACGAGUCGGACGACGAAAGUUCCGAUCCAGUCGCAUCAUUCAAAGACUUCCACAACGACUUGGACAAAGUCGUUUCUAAGUGGAAAUCGGUCAUGGUGAAGCUCAACUGGUCCGCUCCGAAAGAUGCCAAGUGGAUUUUGAUCAACAACAGCUUGCAGUGCACGUCAGUGCAAGAUAUUUAUCUUUUGUUGAAUGCUUCAGACCAUGCAGCUCAUGAUUUGGACGGUCAUAUAUAUGACGAAUGCGAGGAUAAGGACACAGGAGAACGGGCAGAGCCCGAGCUCGUGGUUAAGAAGUGGAUUUCCGACUUCAAUCCAGCACUUGAGUUCCGUAUAUUUGUGCGGGAUAAGAUGAUUGUGGGAGUUUCGCAGAGAGAUUUGAACCAUUACGAGUUUCUUGAAAACCUACAGCUGGAGUUGAAGAAAACGAUUACUGAUUUUCAUGCAAAUGUUUUGAAGUCGUCCGAGUUUCCUCUUUCUGACUACAUCAUGGAUGUGUAUAUUCCUAGACCGUACAAUAAGGUGACGAUUUUGGACAUCAAUCCGUUUGAUCGCAAAUGGAAUAGUCUCUUGUUUACGUGGCACGAACUUCUUGAAAGAUUAGAGGGCACGAACUUCGAGUUGCGUAUUAUCACCGAAACAAAUUUGGGAAGCAUGGCCCGCAAAGACCAUAGCGAAAACCAGGUUCCCAUCGAGGUGGUGGAUGCAUCAUUGAAUUCAGAAGCAAUGAUUGAGUUGGCAAAGAAAUGGCACCUGUUGGGUGUGGAAGAAAAUGAUAAUGAGUGA